AAGCCAGCUCCACUAGAAAUAAAACCUCUGCCUGAAUGGGAAGAACUACAAGCCCCGGUUAGAUCUCCUAUCACCAGAAGCUUUGCACGAGACUCCUCCAGGUUUCCCAUGUCUCCCAGACCGGAUUCAGUUCAUAGCACAACUUCCAGCAGUGACUCGCACGACAGUGAAGAGAAUUAUGUACCCAUGAAUCCAAAUCAGUCCACUGAAGACCCAAACUUGUUUGGAAGCAACAGUCUUGAUGGAGGAAGCAGCCCUAUGGUAAAACCUAAAGGAGAUAAACAAGUAGAAUAUUUAGAUCUGGACCUAGAUUCGGGAAAAUCUACCCCACCUCGUAAGAAGAAGAGCAGUGGUUCAGGCAGCAGUGUGGCAGAUGAGAGAGUUGAUUAUGUUGUGGUUGACCAGCAGAAAACACUAGCACUGAAGAGCACGCGCGAGGCAUGGACUGAUGGGAGGCAGUCUACAGAAUCUGAAACACCUACAAAAAGCGUGAAAUGAAAAUACUGCUUUUUCUUCAAAGAACAGAAAGGAGUUAAUUUUGAAGAAUUACAGAACCACAAUGGCUGUGUUGUUCGACUGUACCAGUACCUGAUUCACCGGUGUGUGAAUAGGUUCUUGACCGAAUAGGAUGGAAGUCAAAGGACACUUCAAAUAUAUCUAAGGAAUUUUAAGAUCAUAAAUUGGCUCUGUGGUCUCUGGAAAAAUUGCAACCUGUACAUAACAUGUAAAAUAGUAUCGCUCAGCUUUCAGAAAACCUUUUGUUCUGUAGUUAACACAUUUUGUAGUAUUACUAUGUUUAUGCACUUUUUCAGUUACAAUGUUGGUUCAGGUAUUCCCAGUUAGUGUACCAUAACGCCUAAUUCAUCUGGAGAAUUUUUUUUUAAUUUUUCCUUACACUACUAUUCCUUAAAAUUUUAGGUGAAUUAAGCUACAUGUAGAUACAGAAAUUAAUAUUUGAACUUCAUUUUAACAACUUAAAAUUGAUUUUGCAGAAACACUUUCAUAAUUGAAUAAUCUACUUGAAAUGCCAAGAGACGACCAUUAGUUACAUCCUUGUUUAUAUUUAAUACACGCAAGAUUAUUUGGAAGUCUGCAGGUUACCUUCCUAACAAAAAUUGCUGUGAGUUAAUAAUAAUGAGCUAUACUGGGUUUAGACCUACAAUCCUGGCUUAUGUGUUAGUUGUUAGUGGUGGAACUUCUAUUGUAUUUUAUUAAUGGCAGUGUUCUGUGUUCAAUAGGUGAAGAUUCUGCAGGGUGGGAUCUUACACUUUUAAAGACUGAAUAAUUAAAUAUCAAGUAAGCCUGCAAACCACUGAUGGCAUGCAGUAAUAUUGUGAUCUCACACUUAUUAACAAGAAAUAACCUUUAUAUUAUUUACAGAAGGUAGAGUAUAUAAAUCAGGUACGUACCAAAGCACUAUUGUGCUAAUACACUGAUCAGGUUUAGACAAUGAGCUUUAGUUUUGUACUAUUUAGAAGUUCUAAUGUCAAUUUUCAGUUCAAGAUUAAUGGGACAGUUUGACAUUCAGUGUUUGUAGUACUAGCAAAAUACUGUGAUUUUUGAAUUAGACAUUAAUUCAAAUGGAAAUACUAUGUUUUGACACCAUAGUGCCCUUUUUACAAUCUCUAUUUUACUUUAAUCUCCUGCUUGGCCUUAUAUUUAAAUCCCUAUGCAACUGAUAUUUUAUAUCUCUGUUUUUAAAAAUUAGAUAAUAUACUUAAAUGAUCCCCUUGUAAACCACUUGUUGCUCUUCCCUGGUACAGGAUUUUAAGCUCUGUAUACUGUGAUCCUUUAUUUUACUAUGUCAGUUCCAAAUAAUAAUCUGCCUUGGUUUA